AUGGAGAAGGUCCUUGUCCUUGUGCUCGUCACCCUUGCUGUGGCCUACGCUGCUCCUGACCCCCGAGGAAUCAUUAUCAAUCUGGAGGACGGCGAGCUCUGCGUGAACAGCGGUCAGUGCAAGAGCAAGUGCUGCCAGCACGACAGCCCCCUGAGCCUGGCCCGCUGCGUCCAGAAGGCCAGAGAGAACAGCGGGUGCUCCCCCCAGACCAUCUAUGGGAUUUACUACUUGUGUCCCUGUGAGCGGGGCCUGACCUGUGAGGCCGACAAGACCAUCAUUGGCGCCAUCACCAACACCAACUACGGCAUCUGCCAGGACCCGAGCUCCAAGAAGUGA